AUGAAUUUAUAUGCACCUUUCGUCACUCGUUUGAUAAUUCCUACAAACAUCUAUUGUGAUUUUAAACAAUUUCCUAAUUUACAUGAAUUGGUAUUGUGUAUUGAAAAUUCAAAACAAUUUUCACAGAUUCAACCUGAUGUUAUUCCCAAUCUCACUCAUCUAUCGUUUAUGUUGGGAUCUAAAUUCACUUUACCUAUGGAAUUAAUUUGGAAUGUGUUCUCAAAUGGAUUUUCAUCUCUUCGACAGGUUAAUUUGAGUCAUAUCGAUGUGUCUCUCUGUCGUUCAUGGCCUACAUCACCUUCUCUUCAGUUUGUAUCAAUUCUUUCUUGUAAACCAAUGGAUAUUCCAGUCAUUCUUGCUUCAUGUCCUUGUCUUCAACAUCUUCAAGUUCAUAUUUCGUUAAAUGAUAAUGAUGACAUUAUCAUUUCAUCUUUACUUCUCAAUCAUCCACUUCGACGACUCACUCUCUGGAGUGAUUAUACCGAAUUAACUUCGGAUGUUAUUGACAGUAUUCUUACUUAUACACCAAACAUUGAAUGUUUCUAUUUACAAACAAUAUAUUCUAUGUCAUUGAUUGAUUUAGCUCAUGGUUUAGCGAAUCGACUCAAUUAUUUAUCACAAUUCGAUUGCUAUAUUACAGAAAUGCUGACAAGGAAUUGUAGAAUUAAUAAUCUAACUGAUUUACAUCAAAUUCAUCCUUGUUUUUAUCGAAUUCAAGUUAUAGAAGGAAAUGAUGAUUUUCGAAUUUUGGCUACAAAAUAA